CCAGAGCAUCAGCAUCAGGAGCCGGGAGGAGGGCGACGUCGAACCCGUAACUGGGGCACCGUGACCGACUAACAAUCAGUCAGUUCCAGUCCGCCUUUGCGAGCUAGUCGACGAAAUUUUCAAAGGGAUAACAAGAAAACUUGUAUUUUCCGCGCGUUUUCCGCGUUCUCGGAUCAUCGUCGUCACACAGAGAGCUGAAGGAAAGAAGUGUUACGGUGUAAUACGUACCGCCUUAGUAACGUCAGGAAUACAAGAGUCUUUUUACGAAAAUUUGACACACCGACAAAGUACACGGUCAAUAAAACGCACAACGCAACGACGGUGCAUGAAUCGGAAGGAACGAGUUUGGGUCGAGUGACAAAGUCGAGAGGAAUAAGAAGAGGCGGAAGAAGUGUUCGUAACGCGUAGGUGAUAUCGAGGGUCCUUUAAGUCACCGCAGUCCACGCGAGGCUCGUUAAAGGAGCAUGGAGGCGGCCCAGGAUGUCGGUGGUGCAACCGUUCGAAGUGUCGUCGAAUUGAACGUGGGCGGCGUGUUUUACACUACGUCGUUAUCGACCUUGACGGGUGAGGGAGAUUCUAACCUGGCCGGUAUGUUCGGUGAGAAAUCGUCGGUCGAGCGAGACGCGAAGGGGAAGUACUUUCUGGAUCGGGACGGAGUGCUUUUCCGUUACGUUCUCGACUUCCUGCGGAACAAGGCUCUCGUAUUGCCCGAGGGUUUCAGGGAGCGGGAACGACUUCGACAGGAGGCCAAGUUCUUCGGACUUCCGGGACUCGAGAAGGCGGUCAUAGAGCACGCGGAAUCACCGGCGAUCGGCAAACGGCCACCUGGUUACAUAACCGUUGGGUAUCGUGGAAGCUUCGCCUUUGGUCGGGACGGACUGGCCGAUGUCAAGUUCCGCAAGCUCUCCAGGAUCCUCGUCUGCGGACGAGUCGCUCUUUGCCGCGACGUCUUCGGCGAGACUCUUAACGAGAGCCGCGAUCCUGAUCACGGAAUGUCCGAUAGGUACACAUCGAGGUUCUUUCUUAAACACAAUUUCAUUGAACAGGCUUUCGACAUGCUUCAGGAACAGGGAUUUCGGCUUGCCGGUAGCUGCGGAUCCGGCACUGCCGGUGGUAGUACCGAACAACUUAAACCUGGUGUUGAUGCCGAGGAGAAUCGGUGGAACCAUUACAACGAGUUUGUAUUCGUACGCGAGUAGGCCUUGAAAUCUGCAAUCUCGUUAUCCAAAGACUUGUUAUCACGUGACCGAUAUGUCGGAGAUUACCGUGAAGUAAUCCCUGAUUUUCGAUAUCCGAAUCUCCAACGAUAAACUUGAACUUGAACUUGAACUUGCGAAGAUACCCUUUGAUCCUCGUCGGAACCUCUCGAAGAUCUUGCAUGUGAGAUGAAACAAGGUUUUCAAAACUGUUGCAUGGAAUGGAUCAUGAAGGUUAUACCUAUGUCCUAAUUCUCAUUGGCAAAGGUCAGGAUGAGGGACAUCCGUUCGUCCUCGUUUGAAAGUGUGAUAAAAACUGUUGUUCGUCGUGUUUUGUUUCGUCGAAAAUGGAUUCAAAAUCCUGGAAAGUUCCUUUUCGUUUUUUUAUGCUCUUGCGUGUUAAUUCAUGAUUUUUGACAUCCGAAUCUCCAACGAUGAACUUGAUUUUGUGAAGGUACGCUUCGAUCAUCGUCGGAAUCUCUCGAAGAUCUUGCAUGUGAGAUGAAACAAGGUUUUCAAAACUGUUGCAUGGAAUGGAUCAUGAAGGUUAUACCUAUGUCCUAAUUCUCAUUGGCGAAGGUCAGGUUGAACAACAUCCGUUCGUCCUCGUUUGAAAGUGUGAUAAAAACUGUUGUUCGUCGUGUUCUGUUUCAUCCAUGAAAAUGGAUUCAAAAUCCUGGAAACUUCAUUUUUGGUUCCUUUGUGUUGUACGUUCCUGGCUGUUCGUGCGUCGAUCAGCUGUUGCAUGCCUGUUGUUAAAUUCGCGCGAUCGCGAAGAAGAUCCUUCCUUCCUUUCUUUCUUUCUGCAACGGUCUACAAUCCGUCGGAAGUGGGAUUGAGACGGAAUUAAGUGUGAUUAUAUGGCGGAAUAGCUGAACCCGUAUCGGCGAGGUGGAAAUCUCCUAUCAAUUGGGCGAGGGAAAUCAACGGGCUAUUAACGAAGAGAUUGAGCGAUUUGGUUUCGAAUCGACGAUGAAAAAAUUAUCUUACAGUGAUACGAUAAAACACACGAGAUAUCUGUUGCGUCGAUCAUUUUUCUUACCGAUCAUUUAUGGAAAAGAAAAUACAAAAUGAGAGACAAUCGGCGAAAGAGAGAGAAGAAAAAAUACUUUGAAUCAAAUCAGCAAUAACGAAUAUUGCCAUAAGAAAGAAAAUCUGCGAGAAAAUCGAAGAUACAUAAUUACACACAAAUAUACAUAUAUAAAAUAUGUGGAUAUUAGUACAGUAAUAUAAUUAUGAUAAAAAUAAUAUGUAUAAGCGUAAUGUAUUGAUCUGUAUCAGUACAACACAUAUAUAUACUAUAUGAAUUAGUAAAGGAAGAUAAAAAUUAAUCCUGAAUUUAAAUCAACUGUUAUUGUGUGGAUGGGGAUAAUUUGAUUUAUUAUUAUUUACUAUUAUUGUUAUUGUGAUUAUUAUUAUUAUUAUCAUCGAUAUAAAUUUUGUCAGAGGAUGAGAUAAAAGCGAUUGAAAGAGAGAGAGAGUGAGACAAUUUAAAGCCGAAAUUUGACUGCAUCGACCAAAAAAGUUAUUAUCGUGGUGUUUGCUGUGGGAUAAAGUCGAGAAACUAGAACCGUUGAAAUUUUGAAUAACUUCCGUGUACAAUUUUUUGCAUAUUGUGUAUCGAACGAAAUGAAAAUUCGAGAUAAUGAGGAAAAACGAAACAAUUUUAACGUGACUGUUUUUAGCGCCCUUUAUACCAUUGACGAAACAUGAAAAAUAAAAAAAAUAAAAAUAAAUGCAAAAACACGUACCUUCGACACGUUUGUUACAAACAUGCGAACAAUAUUAUCAAUUUUUUUUCCCUCCAACCAAUCGAUAGUUUCGAACAUUAACAUAAUACCGAUGCCGCAACUCGAAGUGAUUUCUUUCUUUUGUUGUUUUUUUUUUCUUUUGUUUUUUUCGGUUUUUUUGGGUAUGGAAGAGUCAUCGUUACACUUGAUUAUCGAUGAGAGAAAACUUAAUUUUGCUCGGGUCGAAACUUGUGUUUUUUUCGUUUCUAGGUUAAAAAAAAAAACAAAAAAAAAAAAAAAAACAGUUCGGAGAUAAACGAAAAUGAAAUAUAUAUAUAUAUAUAUAUAUAUAUAUAUAUAUAUAUAAUAUAGUAUAUUAUUAUAUGUAAUGUAUACACUAUACAUAGAGUGAUACAUGAAAUUAUUACGUUUAAUAUACGCAAUCUCACGGAUCGUUUCGAGGUGACUCGAGAUUUCAAUGUUCAAAUAGUAAAAUAGCGAAAUAGUUACACCUAUGUUACUUUACUUAAUCCAUGUACCUACACCCGGCAUAGAAUUAGGAUAUUGUAUAAUCGAGACCUGAAACCAAAUCUCAUAUAUAUCUCCAAAAACCAAUGCAAAGAAGCAAAGCAACGCUAAGAAAAGAGAAGAAAAAAAAAAAAAAGAAAAAGAAGCACAACCAGCAUUCUCGAUUCGGACCAAUAUUGUAAUAUUUAAAUAACAACCAUUUAUGAUAUUUUUAUCCCGAAACUAGUCAAGUUAUCGUACAUAAUGUAAAACUAUUUAUAUAUGUAUAUAUUUACACACACACACACACACACACGCGCGCGCGUUAUACGGGGAAAAAAGAAACAAAACUUCUGAUCAAAAUAACAUAUUCGAAAUUGCGUAGUGAAAUUUUUUUUUUUUUUUUUUUUGUUCAUGUUCUAUUUUUCUGUCUUCUGGUGGAUGUGAAAAAUGUUUUUAUUUUUUCUAAUCUUUUCGUUCGUUUUUUUUUUUUUUUUUUAAGGUUUUUUUUUUUCCAUACUUUCAUCGACCCUUUCUUGAAUUCUCUUGUGCAUUCGUCUCUUGCGUACUUGUUCUACUUUUCUUAGAUACGCGUAUUCCGACUGGAAAUAGAAAUGGAAAAAGGAAAAACAAGGAAAAUAAAAGAAAUAUAAAAGAAAAAAAACCUCUCCUUGCCGCUUGCGCGCAAUAUACCGUGACACGCGAAUAUUUGUAAAGUUUUCGGGCUUUUUUAUGAACGCAAUGGGACGAUGCGGUCGUCGGAAUAUCACGGCCGAGUGAUUUUCAAGAUUUAUGAAAUCGGGAUGGAGAAAAAACGGACGAAAAAGAGUGUAAAAAGUAAAAAAAAAAAAAAAAACACGACGUCUACGAUGCGGAAUAAAAUCUAAAAUCAAUCACAAACCUCGAAGCGAGUU